AGAAGAACUUUGGGCAGAUCACACAUAAGAGAGAGAGAGAGAGAGAGAGAGAGAGAGAGAGAGAAGAAGAAGCAUAUGAUAAAUCACAGAUCUGUUUGACCAAAAACACAAAACAAGACAGAAGAUCAGGCAUAGCACAGAAGAAGGAGAAGCUAAAUAGAGAGAGAGAAAGAGAAGAGAGAGAAAGACAGGAAUGGAAGGAGGAGCUGCCCCACCUGCUGACGCUGUCAUGUCCGACGCGGCGCCUCCGCCGCAGGACCAUCAACAGCAGCACCAGCAGCCGGCAGCGCCCACGGGUGUGGAGAAUAUUCCGGCGACGCUGAGCCACGGCGGUAGGUUCAUCCAAUACAACAUAUUUGGGAACAUAUUCGAAGUCACCGCCAAAUACAAACCCCCCAUUAUGCCCAUCGGAAAAGGCGCUUAUGGCAUCGUUUGUUCCGCUCUAAAUUCGGAGACGAAUGAGCAUGUUGCCAUUAAGAAGAUUGCCAAUGCAUUUGACAACAAGAUUGACGCCAAGAGGACCCUCCGUGAAAUCAAGCUGCUUCGUCACAUGGAUCAUGAAAACGUGGUUGCAAUAAGGGAUAUAGUGCCACCACCUCAGAGGGAGGCAUUCAAUGAUGUUUACAUUGCCUAUGAGUUGAUGGACACUGAUCUUCACCAAAUCAUUCGCUCAAAUCAAGCAUUGUCAGAGGAGCACUGUCAGUACUUUCUGUAUCAAAUCCUCCGUGGUUUGAAGUACAUACAUUCAGCAAAUGUUUUGCAUAGGGACUUGAAACCUAGCAACCUACUCCUGAAUGCCAACUGCGACUUAAAAAUUUGUGAUUUUGGACUGGCCCGUGUCACCUCUGAGACUGAUUUCAUGACUGAAUAUGUUGUUACAAGAUGGUACCGAGCACCAGAGCUUCUGUUAAACUCUUCCGAUUAUACUGCAGCAAUUGAUGUAUGGUCUGUUGGUUGUAUCUUCAUGGAACUGAUGGAUCGAAAACCAUUGUUCCCUGGCAGAGAUCACGUGCAUCAACUGCGUCUACUUAUGGAGCUCAUUGGCACCCCAUCAGAAGCUGAUUUGGGAUUUCUGAAUGAAAAUGCUAAGAGAUACAUUAGGCAACUCCCUCUUUACCGACGCCAAUCUUUCCAAGAAAAGUUUCCUCAGGUCCAUCCUGCAGCCAUUGAUCUUGUUGAAAAGAUGUUGACCUUUGAUCCUCGACAAAGGAUUACUGUUGAAGAUGCACUGGCACACCCGUACCUGACAUCGCUUCAUGACAUAAGUGAUGAACCGGUGUGCAUGACCCCCUUCAACUUUGAUUUUGAGCAGCAUGCUUUGACAGAGGAGCAGAUGAAAGAACUGAUAUACAGAGAGGCUCUAGCAUUUAACCCUGAAUAUCAGUAAAGUCAAUAGUGAUUUGGAAGAUAUUAUCUUUGGGUUUUAAAGAAAAUGUGUGGUGACUGUGUCAAUAGAGAUUUCUGUAUAUAUAUUUUAAAAUAUUUAAUCAUCUGAAACCAGAUGACCUUUGUUGGAGUUAAAUUAUUUUGGAUUAGAGGCAUGAUUGGCAGACUGCAACAAACAACAAUCAUAACAAUGUACCUUGUAUGGAUCAUGGAUGGCUUAUUUUGCUUCAUAUUAUUCUCCAGUUCAUUGGCUUCACCCAUUAAA